AUGAAUAUAAAAAUCAAGGGAAGAGGAGCUGUUACCUGUUUGUUUUUUCGGUUAAAUAUCAGUAAUAACAAUGGAUUUAUGUUUCAAAAAAGAUAUAUGGUAAAUGUUAGUUCACUAGAUAAUACAAGCAGAAAUAACAUAGAAACGGAUAUUUUUAAGUUUGAAGAUAAUGUUUCACCUAAGUUAUUUGCUCUUCAUGCUCGGUUGAAACUGGGAUUGCAGUUUUCCAAGUCUACUCUUGUUAGAGCAUUUGUUGAUUCUCAAAUUACAUCUGGAAUAAAAUUUGCACCGAACAAUGAGAGUCUUUCUGUUCUUGGGACGAGUAUUAUGAAGUAUUAUGUAUUGGAGUAUUUAAUAGCACGUUGGCCUCGUUUACCAUACAAUAUUCUUAAGGCAGCCAUGUGGGGAUAUUGUGGAUUUAAAGCUUUAGCAAGAAUUGGUAGAGAAUGGGGUAUUGAAAUGAGUGAUAAGGAGAUUAGAAUAAUGCAUGAGUCAUCGGAAAGUGAGCUUCAUCAUAUUGUUUUUGAGAUUUUGUCAGAAGCGAAGAACGGGAUGCUUGUAUUUAAAAGAACAGGAUGGACACCGGAUCAUAGUCCGUUUUCAAGAGAUCACAUUGAUGAAGUUGCUGUUUCCAGAGUGGUGAAAUCAAUUAUUGGGGGUGUUUAUCUGCAUUGUGGCCUUGAAAAUGCUAGAGUUUUUGUUAAUGAUCAUAUAAUUUCAAGAUACCUUUCUAUUGCUUCUUUGUUUUCAUUUGAUCAACCUACUCGAGAAUUAUCUAUGCUUUGUUCUCGUCAAAAGUUAAAACCACCUGUAUCACGGUUAAUUGCAGAGACUGGCCGAUGUAGUAGUUCACCUUUAUUCGUAGUAGGUGUAUAUUCUGGACAUGAAAAAUUGGGAGAAGGACAUGGAUCUAGUUUAAAAGAGGCUAAACAUAUUGCAUCAGUUAAUGCUCUUAAAGCAUGGUAUUUAUAUGAGUCAAAAGAGUUUGAUCGUCCUAGCAAAACUCUUGAGAACAGUAAAGAAAUAUAUACUCCUGUAUACAUAGAUUGCGGAGAGGUUGUAGUAUGA